GUGGGAAGUCCAAAAUGCUGGACAAAAUACGAUUCACAGUGUUACUCGAUCGGCCAUUUUAUCAACCUGGACAAACUAUUCAAGGUCACGUCGUCUGCGAACCCCACCACCCUCUCGAAAUCGACUGUGUAGAAGGCAGACUUCAUGGAGAAAUUCAAUAUUUCCAACAACUUCCACCUAAUCACAACCGUAAUGGAUCGCCACUUCCACCAUCAAAAACACGAGUUCUAAUUGACGAAAAAGCUCAACUUUGGAAGUAUCAAACAGUUAGCGAAAUGCUUGGAUUGGAUGUAUUCUAUGAUGAAAAUCAAAAUCGGCAUUUUUCAAGCGAAUCUGCAUCUGCAUCAUCUUCCUCUUUAUUCACAACAGCUGCAACAUUUCCUAUUCAAAUUGAACUACCUCAUUUUGCACCUCCGAGUUUUUAUUGCCCAGGAUCUCCGGUAUCCAUAAGGUUCACGUUGGAAAUCCAACUUUACAACCAAGGAUUUAAAAUUGCAUCUCACGAAGAAAAUCUCGUCGUACUAAAUUAUGAAUCUAUCAAACGGCAGGUCACUCCGAAGCCGGUCAAUUUUCAGAAAACUUUUAACUUUCCAAAGGAGCGAUCAAUUUCUUUGGAAAUGCUCCUACCUACAGAUGUUUUCACAACUACUGCCAGACUAGAAAAUUGUAUCACUAUUUGUAAUAGAUGGAAACAAUCACUAAAAUAUGUGCAUUUGAACAUUGUUCGUCGCAUUUCUGCUUUGAAUCAAAAUAAUGAAGUUAUCGAUACGGUUAAAAUUGAUACUACAGGAGUUGGCCUUCCCAGUAAAACAAAAAUCGCUGUUGGGGAAACCUACUCAUUCCGUCCGACAUUCAAUGUUCCUGCUUUACCACCAAAUAUUCAUGUGAAUGGAUUGUUUAAAACGGAAUAUUCAUUAAAAGUGACAAUUGGAAGAGCUCAUAAUUUUGUUUUGGCAUCCUAUGAAGUUCCCAUUACAAUUGUUACAAUGGAUCAGAGUUCCAGAAGGUCAAUGCAAAAAGAAGACAUUCUCGUCGAUAUCUCUGCAUCCAACAACACUCUUAAUAAUUUACCGGUAGAUUUGCUUGCUUGAAAUUAAUUUUUAAUAAAUCAUUUAUUGU